AUGUUCGCAGAAGUGGAUGUUUUUAUCAGCAACUACACGCUGGUUGAUCCGGAAAUAUAUCAGCUAUGGAUCGAAGGAUUUUCUUCUUCCGAAGCUGUUACCCUGCUUAAACAGAAGGAAAACAUGAUGACAGACAUUCCGCUAGAACUCAUUACUUCCGAUGUACUUGAUCACUAUCGUACCUAUUCGCUGUUGGAGCGAGAUCUCCACACCCCGGCUAAGCUUUCCGAACAGCCAUCAUUCCAACUUGAGCCACAGAGCCGAUCAUUACUGAUAGAGAAGUACUACUCGCUGGACGAUGCUGUCGCUCGGGAAUUGUUUGGCAAGAAGUUUAACUCCCGCAGCCGCAAGGAUCUGGACGAGGUAGCCGAGAAGACUGGCGUUCGCUUGAAAUCGUGUCGCCGACAGUUCGAUAAUGUGAAGCGCAUCUUCAAGGCGGUAGAGGAAAUGCCCGGAAACACGGCCACCAACAUCAAGCAACAGUUUAUUCUGCCGGAAGAGCUGGCCCAGAAGUAUGCGACCGUUGUGUUUAUUGCAUGUUUGCGUUUCGAAACGACGAAGCGCAAGCUGCAGUAUUUAAAUUUUAAAGAUUUCUUCGAAUGCUCGCAGGCAAUUAUGACAAAUUGGACGUAUACUUAUCAGCAUGCUGGUCCAGAUUACUAUGACACAGAAAUGGAUAAGGAGUUUCUACUGGAUUUAAGGGAAAUACGUUAUUUACUAGAUAAGGAAAAGGAGAUUAAAUGUUUGGUGACAAUGCGUCUAAAAUCUACCAUGUUGGAACGUGUGUAUCAGGAAAUUGACAGCAACUUUCGCGCUUACUGGCGUUCUAUUAUCACUAUUGCGUGCAGUUUGCACCGGACCCGUGAAAUGCGGCAGCUCUUUCUGGAAAUGACCGAGCGACUAAUCGAGCCAUGGAAGCAAAACGGUUGGUCUAAGGAUCAUGUGCGCCAGUUUAUGCAAUGUCUAACGCAAAGUGUGCUAGAUCUGGAGGUCCCUCGGGACAAUCAGGACAUUCGCUGCCUCUGGGAUCGCUACAUGCAAGUGAUUACAGUUUGUUUGCUGAAAAUGUACCACAACUGAGACAAGCGGUUGACGGUUUCGUUCAGCGCAUAGUGUUCGAAGGAAAUGAAGAGGGCUAUUUCGGGUGUUACCGUUGCAUAGACUGAUAAAAUCGUGGGUUAAAAUCAAAUAAGACCUGGGGUAAGUCCAAGCAGGCAGUUUUAUUCCAACGACAUGGAAAACAAAAUAAUUCCGCGAUUUUUCGAAAAUGUUGCAAUAUAUAAUUUUAUGAACAAAUUGUUAGUAAGAAUCAUGUGGAAAAAUAUACGCAGAGAGAAAGAUAGUUUUGUUUCCGCAAAAUGGUGCGAUAUAGGCUAUAUUUUCCGCAUGCGGUUUUAUGUAUUUUACAUAACUGACAUAACUAUGAUGCAUAACUUUGAGAGCUUUUUGGCGGCGUGCUAUUGUGUGGGCGAAAAAAAGCAACCUGUCAUAAAAAAAAAUUUGCAAAUUAUUUGUAUUAGUUUGUAAAAAAUUGAAAAAAAUAUAAAUGUUUUGUCGAAUAUGCGCAACGUCUGAAAUGAAAUGGCGUUCUAAUAGAUGAACGUUUACAAUCUCGCGGAAAGACGACCACGCAAUAAAAUUCGCUGUUUGUUACUAACAUUUUAUUCUGCAUUCGGUAUUGUGCUGCAGUGAAAGGACACACAUCGAAUAUCAACGAUUAAAAAUAAAAUAGAAAUUUUGUUCAGCAUAGUGCUGCCCAGACGACAGGUGGUUAACUCUCGGUGAAUAACGAUGUUCCGCUCGGCAACAUCAAUUGAAAACUAAAAAAUGGCGUGCGACAGUUAAAUACGAAGGGCUCGUAUAGCACUACUGCCCAUGGACUCAUAGUUGACGUAAAAGCCAAUAAAUGACCAAAAUGUACUUUUUCGGUUCUACGCAUUCUUAACUAUUUAUUAUACAUGCCCAAUGCUCAAA